GAUCUCCAGUCUUUCCCAUUUAUUUUGCAACACUGGCCAUUCAUGCUUCAUUCAUUAGUUUAUCACAUGGUAUUAGUCAGACAAAAAUGUCCCAAUUAUCCGGUCGCUCCGAGUAUUUUUCCUGACAUUCAAGAGUUUCUUGUGGAAAACAAGCAUUUAAGGAGACUGUGGAGAGAGACACAAGACGCUGCUUCUUGCUGUUCUUCACCAAAUACAGCCUGCUCCUUUCAAAAGUGAGAACAUGUUGUUCUAGUAGGGAUACAGCACCCCCCGGUGGCACACAAGGACAUGGUGAUCUCAUUCCUCUGGGCUGUGGUCACUUAUGUGCCCCUUCUGUGGUUUGUGAGGGUGACUGAAGGGAUGCCUGACCCCGCUCAGAGGGACCUGCUGAUGCGUCAGGAGGCAUCCAGGCAAACGGGAGGACAAGUGGUGCUGACAGCGGCCGAGCAGAAGCUGGACGCUUACCUCCAUCGAUUGAAGGAGCAAGAGAUGUCUGCCACACCUUUUCCUCCUGCUUUGCAUUUCUUCAAAGCAAAACCUCUCAUUGAAAAGAGCCCAGUCUUCAAACUGCUGCAAAAGAUGCCUAAAGGCGCAGCCCUCCACAUCCACAGCUCCUCUCUGGUCAGUGUUGAGUGGCUGGUGAAAAACGUCACCUACAGACCUAACUGCUACAUCUGCUUCACUUGGGACAACUCUGUCCGCUUCCAGUUCUCAGCUCGCCAGCCCUUCCCACGCUGGGACUGCUUCUACUGGCAACUGCUCGAGACCUUGAGAGCCAAAAUAGGAGAUCCUACUGGCUUUGAUAACAGUUUAAUGCAGCACCUCACUCUGGUCACCGAGGAUCCAGAUGGUCAAUACCCAAGCCAAGACGUUGUGUGGGGGAAGUUUGAGAAAGCCUUCAUCGCAUCUGCGGGCUUAGUCACCCAUGCUCCAGUCCUGAAGGAUUAUUUUUAUAAAGGCCUAGAGGAGCUUCACCGCGACAACAUCCUGUAUCUGGAACUGAGGAGCGGUCUCUCAAGGACAUACGAGCUCGAUGGAACUAUUCACGAUAAGUUCUGGACUCUGAAAACAUUUCAAGAGGUUACAAAGAAAUUUAUUGGAGACCAUCCAGACUUUCUCGGGGCUCGUAUCAUAAUUUCUGUCCACAGAGCUUUGAGUAUAUCUGAGGUCAAAGCUGCUGUAAAAGAGGCCAUUCAGCUGCAAAAGGACUUCCCAGAUGUCGUUGCAGGAUUUGACAUGGUUGGACGGGAGGACAGCGGGAAGAGUCUUUGGUUCUUCAGAGAGGCCCUCUCUCUGCCAGCUGAACUUGGUGUCAGAUUGCCGUACUUCUUUCAUGCAGGGGAGACAGAUGACGAAGGCACAGACACAGAUCAAAAUAUUCUUGAUGCCCUUCUAUUCAACACCAUGCGCAUUGGCCACGGCUACGCUUUAGCGCACCAUCCGCUUGCCAAAGAACUUUCUAGGAAAAGAAAUGUGGCUGUGGAGCUUUGUCCCAUCUCAAACCAGGUGCUGAAGCUGGUUUCAGACCUGAGGAACCACCCUGCUACUGUGCUGAUGUCAGAGGGUCACCCGAUGGUCAUCAGUGCCGAUGACCCGUCCCUGUUUGGCACCACAGGCCUCUCCUAUGACUUCUAUCAAGCAUUCGUGGGCAUCGGAGGGUUGAAAGCAAACCUGGGCACGCUCAAAGAACUGGCUGCAAACUCCAUCACGUAUAGCUCACUCCCAGCUCAUCUGAAGGAUUCAGGUCGUGCCAUGUGGCAGAAAAAGUGGGACGCCUUCAUUUCUGCCAACUCAUAACAGCCGAGUGAUAUU